UCCUCUGAUUGGAUGAAACCUGCUCCAACUUCCUGCACACUUCCUGAUUCUCUGCAAAGUCACUCACAGACAGAAACAGUCAGCAUGUCAGCUCUCCUCCGCAGACUACCCGGGUUCUGCGGCUCCUCCAGGCCGUGUCUGCCUCUCAUUCUGCGGGAAACACGAGAACAAACCUCCGCUCGGAUCCACCGGGACGGAGCGACUCUUCCCCCCGGCGGAGGUCGCCCUCUGACGGCCUUCAGUCCCGCGCAGAGCCGCUGGCAGCACACGGAGGCUGCGGGUCCGCUGGAGGUGGAUCUUAAGAGGUUAGAAGGGGAGGACGACGGGAUCAUUGAGGUUCUGUUGUGUCGUCACAAGGAAAAUGCACUGGGAUAUGUGUUUGUGUCACAGAUGAGGGAGGUGGUGUCCUCUCUGUCCUCUGACUCAGCAGCUCGUGUGGUCGUCUUUAGGAGCUUGGUACCAGGUGUUUUCUGUGCAGGAGCAGACCUGAAGGAGCGCGCUCUGAUGAAUCACGCAGCGUCUGAUCUGUUUGUUCACCGCCUGAGAUCGCUCAUGACUCAGAUAGCGUUGUUGCCCAUGCCGACCAUCGCUGCGAUGGACGGUGUUGCUGUGGGAGGAGGGCUGGAGCUCGCUCUGGCCUGUGACCUCCGAACUGCGGCGUCCUCCGCUCAGAUGGGGCUGAUUGAGACGAGUCGGGGGCUGCUCCCAGGGGCUGGAGGCAGUCAGCGUCUACCGAGGACGAUCGGCAUGGCUCAGGCCAAAGAGCUCAUCUUCACAGGGAGGUGUGUGGGGGGGCCCUCAGCCCUUCAGAUGGGUCUUGUAAACAGAUCAGUGGAUCAGAAUGAGACAGGAGACGCUGCCUACAGAGAAGCUCUAAGCCUGGCCAGAGAGAUCCUCCCGCAGGCUCCGCUGGCGGUGCGUCUGGCUAAAGAGGCGAUGAACAGCGGGUCGGAGGUCAACUUGAGCUCGUCCAUGGCCAUAGAGAGGAUGUGUUACUCUCGGGUGAUCCCGACGCGGGACAGACAGGAGGGGAUGGCUGCCUUCAUAGAGAAGAGACCCCCAAGAUACACCGGAGAGUGACCACACACAAACACACACACACACACAUACACAGGAUGAGAGUGUGUGAACUCGGCGUGUGGAGGAUGAGGAAGAGGAGCGGUCACUGAUCGAUCAGCUGCUGUAUUUUUUCAUGUUUGUAAUAAAAUGUUCAGACACACA